AACAGAGGCAACGUUGUUUUCUCUGCAGUUUUCGCCAUUCUCUGCAACAUGGCCAGCUACGGUCAUAGCGCACCGAUCUUGGAGUAUUCUGGCGAGACCGGUCAACUAGUGGAGGAUCCGGAAUUCAACCUGUUAGUAGAAAACAGCCAGAGUUUGACCAAGAAGGUGUUGGAUGCUAUUCCUGAGACACACAAAUCGUGCAUUCAUUCUGAGGUAAGUGGAUCGGCCUCGGCUUAGCCCAAUACUUCUGCCCGUGGCAGGCUGUACCAGACAGUACCGUUUCUGUCUCUCUGUGGGGAGAGUGAGCUGUAUAGGCCUAAUACAAUCAGAUGUCUCUCAUUCUACACAUGACAGGAAAUUGAUAUUUAAUAGCAUACACUAACAUUGAAUACGCUAUUACCAUUCUGGACGAUGUGUUUAUGUCUGGUGGUCUGACCGUGCGCAAAAUUUUUUUUGCAACUGUAGCCUAUAUAGGCCUACUAUUACGCACAAAAUGUAUCCAUCAUUUUUGAUAGGUGGACUAAAUGGUUUUAGUUGGAAAUUCCACUCAAUUUAAAUGUAAAUGUAACGUAUUUAAUGGACGUACAAUAGGGCUCAUUCUAAACAUUGGUUUUCUAAUAAUGUCUUCUUUUGGCUCUCAGACCCUGAUUCUUAACUCGACAAGUGAGAACAGGAAACUACAAUACCUGGCGAUCAACCUUGGCAUCCCCUCUGCUCCCACACUCAAAGCCUUGACAGAUAACUUUACCUUGGUGAGCAUCAGACUCUGCACUAUAGCCUCUAUGCCUAAUUCACAUGAAUAUGAAAACCAGGUUCAGGAUGAAAUAUGUGGGGCCAGGAGUUUUGACUGACUCCCAAGAGUUACUACCUGGAGUCUAUAGGACUAUAGUGACUACUAGACCUGACCAGGAACAACUCUAGGCCCUGAUUAGAAACUAUAAGAAAUAUGGCAUAUGAAAAUUAUAUAAGCCCUAGAAAUAAGGCAUUGCUUUGACAUUUGAGGUCCCUCCAUCAGGAGACCUGUCUGAGACGUAUGUCGGAGGGACUGCAGCUGCACCAGGAUCUGCUAAGAGCUGUCGUACAACGCCUGGCCAACACAGAGAGCCUCACUGCACUGCUGACUGAUAUCAGAGAUCUCCGUGUCCAGAUCAACAGGGUGAGGCUUCCUGUAAAACAACUUAUACAUCACGCACGCAUACACAGUAUUAUAAAAUCCAUUGGAUUCAAACACUGUUCAGACAUAAAUGCUGAUUAAUUAGAGUAUUCUUUAUCUCAGAUGCUGAAAGCAGUCCAAGUGGUGGAGAGCCCUGUGGCGGUGCAGCCCACAGCCACAACAAGCCUGGCCUCUCAUCUCACUGGGGACUAUGAGGUUCAGGUAGCCACACAUCUGACCCUGGUGCAGCUCCAAAGCUUUGGGCAGGACAUAGUCCGCAGUCUAAGGAACAUAGCCCAAGCCAAUCGGGAGAGGGAUUGACCCAAAACUGACUUGAAAUUGCCAUGUUUUUAUGGUGAUAUAUAUUUUGUAUUUAUUUAUGAUCUAUUUAUUAUUUAGUCUAUUUAUGAUUAGAUGUUUAUUUAUAAAAAUGCU